AUGUUCAAAGAUACAAACUACCAACACGCAUCUACUGCCACCUUGACACCCACCAAGUUGUUAAUGGAGAAUCCUAUGCAAAACAGUGAUUGGAACUUCAAUCAAGCCUCCAUCAAUGAAUUGAAUUCCUACAUGAAUGGUGUCGAUACAUUUAAUCAACCUACAAACAUAUUUGAUCAACAAUUCAACCAACAAAGCUUGAUGAUGCCACCUAGCCCGGAAGAUAACCAUAUCAAGAUGGCAUCUCCACCUUCUCAUGAUUCACAAUCUACGGUUUCUACUCUGCCGGCGAAUCAUAUCCCACUCACGCCACCCUCUCCUACUAGAGACACGUUGCCCAAGAAGCAACGUAAAAAACUGCUCGAGAAGAACCGUGAAGCUGCUUAUCGUUGCAGACAAAAGAAGAAGAAGUGGGUCAACAGCCUUGAAGAGAGAUCUCAAUCUGCUGAGGCCAAGAAUAGAGAACUUUCAGAACAAGUUUCGCAAUUAAGAGAGGAAAGUAUCUAUUUGCGUAACCUUCUUUUAACUCACGGCAACUGUGAAUGUGAUGUUGUGCAAGCCUACUUGCGUCGCACAUCAGAACAAUUAUCACACAAUGCUCCUCCUCCGCCUAUCCUUUCAGGUAUGCCUACUUUGGUCGAAUCUUCAUCUUCUGUGUCUGGCUCUGAAUCGUCGAUGAGCUCCAUGUCAAAGAAGACACAGCAGAUGUAUAAUGACAAUCCAAAUGCAUCAGCUUUUCUGUAUGAUUAA